AUGCAUCCUUCAUCACUCGCAUCGUUCAGCUCAUCACACGUCAAGCCCAUCAAGCUCAUCACCGCGAUUGAUCCAACAACCACGGUUCCUGGCCCUUUGAAUUGGCUUCGUGCUACUUCACAUCUGGAGGGUCGCCCCGGUCGCUCAUACUUUGCUGCGCCAGUGGGGUUGAAGACCCUCUUGGGCGUGCUUUGCCUUCGCAUUUGGCUUAUAUCUGGUGCGCCACACGCUGCUGCAGACUUCCUCUCAUAUUUCAGGUGUGCCAAUCAUUCACCUUUCACUCAUUGGUCUCAUCAUGCUCGUCACUUUAGCUACGUCUUCCUUUUUGACUCUCACCAUACCAUACCAAACUCUGAGUUUUCCAUCAUGCCCAACGCUCUGACGAUGUUCAAGGGUGACCCGACACUUCGUGCAUCUUGGUUACAAUCUUACGAUGCCGUCGCCAUCGCCAUCCAGGACAAUCUAGUCAUCACUACGCCCAACAUGCAAUUCGUUCCCAAGUUCCACCAUUUCGAAGAAGAAAACAUACAAGCCCGCGCCGAUGGUCGUUUCGGUGUCGUCGACUGCUUUCAAUGGCCUCAAGCCUAUGACAACAUCUUUUGCAAUUCUGUCUGCAUUCCUCGUAAGGAGGCUUACCCGUUCCCGCACCCGCUUCACUGGGCGUGGUACACUCCCGAGCAAAAGGACUUCAAGACCAUCCCAGGCAAUUCGUUUCCUGUAGGCACGCUUGCCUCUGACAAGGUCGAAGGACUGGAGUCACUCCUCAAAUCAGUAGAAAAACGUGUACAGGACUGGAGGGCCAAUCGACAAGGCAAAAGGGAUGUCAUCGUCAAUUGUGUCAUCUCUCUUUGA